CUCUAGCAGAAUUUUAGGCUUUCAGGUUACUGGCUUUGAUUUCCUCUUUCUCUCUCUCACUCACUCACUAUGAGAGAGAAAGUGGCAAGCAUUGAAGAUAGGGUAGAGUUCAAUCAAUACAAUAAACAUUCAAAUGUCUACAAAUAAAUGAAGUCCCGGAAAAGGAGUAGUGCGUUUAUGAGUGUUUUUUGCCAUUCCUACUCCAAAUUGAGGUGUUUUUCACCCCUCAAACCUCUCCUCCAUUUUACCACUUCUCCUGCCAGCUAAUUCUCUCACUCUUUCUCCUCUCUUUCAAUUCUGCAAUUUCAUUUUUUAUUUUUAUUUUCAAUUUUUUUUAUUUUUCAUAGUUUCACAUGCUAUUAGCUUAUUCUUCGCUCUCUCUCUCUAUAUAUAUGGUUUCACUUUCUCUUUCUCUAUCUUUAUCUCCUUUUCAUGAACAAGUGGAUCUGGUGCCAUUUCAUCUAUUCUUCACUAGGGUUUCCGGAUUCUUAAAUCUUUUUUUUAAUCUAUUUCCCUAUUGCCAUGAUUCCGAUUUUGCCCGACCUUCAAAGUUUUCAGCUCUUAUUUUGUUCUUGUAUUCGUCAAAAUUAAGCGCAGAUUGGAGUUUGCGGCAUUGCUUUCGUUUAUUUUCUUAUUAAAGAAAAAAGCCUUUUCCCAGGAAAUAUAAAUGAAAAAAAUUGAGACUUGGAUACUAAGAGACUAGAUUUUCCAUUUCGAAAGAUUUAAUUUGGAGAGAUCGCUGGAUCAAGGUAGAUAAUAAUUGCAUUUAAUAUUAUUUGCAUAAUCGUUAGUGUGAUUAAUAGUAGAUACUAGUGAUAUUAUGUUAAUUUGGAAUGUUAUUCGGAUGUUAGACCUCUGUAGUUCAAUGGCUGUUCUUUUUUGUCGACAAGAACUUUGUGAAAACUAUGCCUUGGAAUUAUGGAAAGUGUAUUUGUUUAUAGAUUCUGCCAUUUAAUAUUUUCCCUUUCUUGUGUUUGCUUAAUUUUAUAACCCUACUUUUUCACGUAGUCCGUUGUAAUGCUUGUGUGUUGCAGAAAGUAAUGAGUUACUUUUUUUUGCAGAAUAUAGUUAUAAUCUGAUUAUAGUUACAUUUUGCUUUUUUUGCCAAAUCACGUGAGGCUUCUUUUUUGCAUGCAUGCCGUCUUUGGUAAUUCUCUAGGGACUUGCAGAAGUAAGGAAUAGUGUCUUUCUGGAGGCAACGUUUGUUUUGUCAAAUUGUAACGCUCGAUUGAAUUGCUCGCCUUGAACUUAGCUUUCAUGGAAAAUCAUUGGUCAACCGAUUUUGUUUCCAAGGAUUAUAAGGAAACUGGAUUCUGAUUCUCUUUCUAUUCAGGAAAAUUCUCAAACUGCUGUACUUUCACCACUUGUAAUUGAUAAUUCAUCUAUUAGUUCUUUGGGUGUAUGCAUCAUGCCAAUGUAUAAAUUGUGCAAUUUUCCUUUCUAAAUUAUAGGACCCAGAAAAGAUGUCACUUUAAGUGUUUUGAGUUUGACUUGUACAGUUAUAUUUGGACAGUUCACUCAUAAAACUGUGAACUUUUGGCAUUGUCCUUCGCCUGUUUCUGAUGGCGUGUUGCAAAUGUGUUACAAAAUUUGAUAUUAUAUUUUGUAGGAUCUCUUCGAACUUGAUUGGCCUCUCAGACAUCAACUUUUUCCAUUGGAAUCGACCCUAUUGACGUGACGUGACUUGUGCAAUCACGAAUUCUACGUGCGUUAUGUCUGUUAUCUCAUAUAACGUGCAGGGACUUUAUGGUUUAUAUAGGAGAUAGAAUGUCGACUGAAAGUGAUGAGAGGACGAAGCCCAAUAGUGGUGUAGAUUCCCCAUCUGUUGAUGAUGUUACUGAAGGAAAUGUCGGAGGGAAUGGCCCACUUAAAAAAGGUCCGUGGACUUCUGCAGAAGAUGCAAUUUUAGUUGAAUAUGUUACCAAAAACGGGGAGGGUAACUGGAAUGCAGUUCAGAAACACUCGGGUCUUGCCCGCUGUGGGAAAAGUUGUCGUUUGAGGUGGGCGAAUCACCUCAGACCAGAUCUUAAGAAAGGUGCGUUUACGGCUGAGGAGGAGCAUCGCAUAAUUGAACUCCAUGCCCAGAUGGGAAACAAAUGGGCUCGAAUGGCUGCUGAGUUGCCUGGCCGCACAGAUAAUGAGAUUAAGAAUUACUGGAACACCAGAAUCAAAAGAAGACAACGUGCUGGUUUACCAAUUUAUCCACCUGAUAUCUGUUCGCAGCCAUUGAAUGACAACCUGCAAAGUGACGACAUGAGUAAUUUAUCCUCUGGUAACGUGCACCAUCCAGAACUCAUGCCAAAUAACAAUUUUGACAUUCCAGCUGUGGAAUUUAAGAAUUUGGAACUUAAUCGCCAUAUAUUCAUGCUGAACUUUCCUCCUGGUAACUUGCCUGACAUUCCCGCAAGUAGCCUGCUUACGCAGAGUCUAAGCAAUCCGUACCAUAACAAGUCCUUGCUCCCAACAGUUCAUCCAUCCAAGCGUCUUUGCGGGUCAGAACCGAUGUUCCCUGGCUUAAAUGCUCCUAUAUGUAAUGCUUUCCCAGGUGGGAAUCAAUACCAUUUUGAUAGUUCUAUGCAAAUUGGGAAAUCGCCAGUGUUCUCUGCAUAUGAUCAUAAUCCUGCAACUGACAAUGCGAGAACUUCGAGUUUACCUAAUGGCAGCCAUGCCGUCUUAAAUGGAAACUCUUCUUCAGAGCCUUCUUGGGCAACGAAGCCGGAGCUCCCUUCACUCCAAACACAGAUGGGUACUUGGGGCUCACCCUCACCCUCACCCUCUUCCCCGUUGCGUUACCUUGAGUCCGAUGAAAAUUUAAUCCAGUCGCCCCCAAAUGAGCCCAUGAACUCAUGUAAUCUUUCACCCCAAAAUAGUGGUUUAUUGGAAGCAGUUCUAUCUGAAUCAGAAACCAUAAGAAACUCCAAGAGCAACAGUGUUAAUACUCCACAUGCACCCACUUUUAUGGAUGACUCAUUACAUACUCUCCACGAGACGGAAUGGGGAGCGUAUGAUAAUCAACUCUCUCCUUUAGGUCAUUCUUCCCCAUCAAUGUUCAGUGGGAACUCGUUGGAUGAGACCUUCCAUACGGGGACUUUUCCAGUUAAGGAAGAAGCUAUAAACGGGGCCCUAUUGCCAUAUGAUGAUAGCAUUGAGGCAAGAAACCAGAUGAUCUUUUCCAGACCCGAUUUUUUGCUUGCCUCAAACUGCUUCAGCCCAGUUAAGCACCAAACUAACGAACACACUGUAAAAGAUGCAAUCGAAGCUUUUUAUGGUGACGAUUUGAGCAAAGACUGCAAAAUAGUUGAUGCAGUGGCAACUCCAUCAACUCCAAGCCACCAUGAUCAUGAUUCCAGUGCUUGGAAUGUCAUGCCUACCAUCUAGUCCACUUAUUUGCAUUCGAGAAAACGCAGAUUAUCAACUGCCUCUGGACAUGUUUUCUAUUUUUCAUUGCUACUUGUCGCGUGAAUUUAUGUUCUGGCCUCAAUAUUGGGGCAGAUUGCUUACUUUUUCAGGAACAAUUCUGUGAUGAAUUGUCUUGAUGUCUAGCAGUUUCACAUUGUAACAACUUGUGCGCAUUUAUAUUUGUUUCAUUUAUGAGGGCUUUUGACGAA